CUAUGGUGUAAACUGUAAACUAAGAUGGCGCUGCCCGUGAGGACAAGCAUGAAACGGCUUUUAGGCUCCAUUCAAAGAUGUACAGCGACUAAAAGUUUAUGUACCGAAGGGAAAGACACAGAAAAUAAAGUGAGUUGUGGGGGGCGGGUCUUCUCUGGGAUACAGCCCACUGGUGUGCCUCACCUGGGGAAUUACCUGGGCGCUCUGGAGAGCUGGGUGGGGCUGCAGGGCAGCUUCAGCUCGGUGCUGUACAGCAUCGUGGAUCUGCACGCCAUCACCGUCCCUCAGGACCCCGCCCUGCUCAGAGAGAACAUCCUGGACAUGGCUGCCAGUCUGCUGGCCUGCGGCAUUAGCCCCGCCCACUCCAUCAUCUUCCAGCAGUCACAGGUAUCGGAACACGCCGAGCUCUCCUGGAUCCUGGGCUGUUUGACCAGCAUGCCCCGCCUCCGGCACUUGCCGCAGUGGAAGAUGAAAAGUAAAGACAAGAAAGAGGGCAGCGUGGGAUUGUUCACAUACCCAGUCCUCCAGGCGGCUGAUAUCCUCCUGUACAGGUCCACUCAUGUCCCUGUGGGGGAGGACCAGGUGCAGCACCUGGAGCUGGCCCAAGACGUGGCCCGAAUCUUCAACAACCAGUAUGGAGAGCUGUUCCCCAUCCCCCAGGCCCUGCUCAGUGCCUCUCGCAGGGUUAAAUCUCUCCGGGACCCCGCCUCCAAAAUGUCCAAGUCUGACCCCCAGCGGCUGGCCACGGUGCGCCUGACGGACUCGCCGGACGACAUCGUGCUGAAGUUCCGCAAGGCGGUCACGGACUUCACCUCCGAGGUGACCUUUGACCCCGAGCGGCGGCCGGGCGUGUCCAACCUGGUGGCGAUCCACGCGGCGGUGUCGGGGCUGACGGCGGAGGAGGCCGUGCGUUCCGCGCGCGGGAUGGACACCGCGCAGUACAAGCUGCUCGUCGCCGACGCGGUCGUCCACAAGGUGGCGCCGAUCCGGGCGGAGAUCGCGCGGCUGCGUGCGGACAGGGGUCAUCUGGAGGGCGUUCUGACCCGCGGCGCCCAGCAGGCCCGAGAUCUGGCCGCUCCGCUGCUGGCCGAGGUCCGGAGGCGGCUCGGGUUCUGCUGAGCUCGCAGAACCCCGGCUCGGGUUCUACUGAGCCCACAGAACCCUGGCUCGGGUUCUACUGAGCCCGCAGAACCCUGGCUCGGGUCACGAAGGAGAGUGAACGAGAGGAAGAGGGAGGUGGUGUAAAAAGUGUGUGAAUGAAAGACAGAGUGAGCAAGAGCAGGUAAAGACAGGAGACAGAACACCUGAAGUGCAGGUGAGUAUGUGUGGAUCGGAACAGCUGUGAGGUCUGACCCUCUCUUAGUUUUACACUCUGUCCAGUUACACAGCUGCCAAGCCACUGGUGAAUCCCGUUUGAACAUCUGCAUGGGUUCACAGGCACAGCAUUGCAUCUGAGACUCAAACCUGCAACCUCCUGAUUACCUGUCUGGUUCUGUACUGUACCUGUCAUGCACUGCAGCAGCAUACACGCACUUUUUACGCACAUGGGUGUGUGCUGCUUCUCUGUGGAAAAGUGAAAUCACACCCUGCUGCUGUAGCACUUGCAGAGUGUUUAUAUUUUUUGGGCUCACAGAAGUGCUGUCUGUGUGUUUCAGUUUGACUGUACUGUGGACAUUUUUAUGUCUGUCUCAUUUAUGGACAAAAAAAUUUACACUGCA